AGCUGUCAGCACAGAGCCUGACAGGGGCCUCGAACUCAUGAACCGUGAGAUCAUGACCUGAACCAAAGUUGGACACUUAACUGAGCCACCAGGUGCCCCUGAGAAGGGACAUUUUUAAAUUAAAGGGUGUGAACUCUUUAAGGGUACAAAGCUCUUGCUACAUAUUGAUGUCUUUUUUUUGAAAGUUUGUACCAAGUUGUACAAUAUACUCUUUCUUGCUCUUACCAAUCUUGGCAUUUUGAAAUGCCAAGAAUAGUGUUUUAAUUUGAAUUUCUAAAUUUUUAGUGAGUUUGUCCAAUGCCCAUUUUUUUCUCUUACAGAGUAUUUUACUGAUUUAUAAGAGCUUUUAAUAUAUAUCAAUUUUUAAACCUUUUUUUGUAUGUAUUGCAGAGUGUCUUUUCUUAUUUGUCUUUUGCCAGUAACCUGUGAAUUGGUCUCCCUUGUUACAGGUUUAAUUAGUUUUGUACUAAUUCUAGUUCUGUAUCAGGAAGACUGAUAUGGCUUCAAACAACUUUAUAUAUUGUGUUAAUAGUUUUUAAGUGUUUUCUUAUGUAAUAUAGAGUAUCAAGUCUUAAACCAAAGAUUCUCAAACUUUAGUAUGAACAGAAGUGUCUCAGAGGUAUGUUUAAAAUGCAUAUUACCAUAUAUAGAUGGAGUUAGUCUGACCUGGGGCUGAAGGAUCUUCAUUUUUAAUAAUUCCAUAUUUUGAUAUGAUUGAUAAACAGACCACCCUUUGAGAAACACUGUUUUAAACGCCUUAGCCUGGCAUGCAAGAUUUUGCAUGAUCUGUUUCCAGCUUAUUUUAUUUGCUUCUGUUCAUUCCCUAUGUGAACAGUGGUCUUGCUGUAGUGUCCAUGCAUUGUUUCCCAAGUAAUACGUAGACCACCCAUCUCCAAGCCAUUGUGGCUACAGGUGAUCUGUAAGUGUGAGAUGGUCAUACGCUAUUCUUCUCCCCUCCCAUUUCUUCUGCUUGCCACCUUGUCCAAAUCUUGACUUCCCUUUAAGAUGCAACUCUGCUUUUUUAUGAAGUCUUCUCUGACCAUUUUAAGCAGUUUGAGUUUUUUCCCCUCUAUGAUCCUAAGCACUCGUGCAACCUUUCAGCAUUUCCUGCAUUGUCGAGUUUUGUUUUUAUGUGAAUGAUCUCAAAUUGUUCAUUAUUUGUUGGCAGGGAUUUUGCCUUAUAUAUAUUUUUUUAUCUUCCACAGGACCUGUGUGGAAAUAAAAACGAAUGCCCGUAGCCUCAUUAGUCUUGGCUAUUUUGAAGGACUACAGUAAAAUAUUCACUGGAUAUUCAGUGAAUAUUUUAGAAUUUAAAUCAAUCUGUUCAUCUUGUCCACUCUGUCCAUACAUGGCCUUUAUGAUUCUGUAGACUUUGUUUAUGUAAUCUCUAAGGCUUGGUUGUUAGAGAUUGAAGAGGUCCCUCAUUUUUCUAGUUUUUCCUCAUGGCUUCACCUCAUGUUUGUUAGUCUGUAGAUUGUUUAUGGAUUAUCUGCAACUCUAAUUUUAUGCACUAUUCCAGCUAAAGAUUAUUAGUACUAUUUUUUUCUGAUAGAUUUUGGACUUUUAUAGGAAGGAUGCCUUACAGAAUUGAAAAGGAUGCCCUUGAGAGUAUGGUAAUUUCUAGGCUGAUGUAUUACAGAUCUCUCCCUGACAGGUCCAAACCAAGUCGUCAGAUCCCUGACAUAGACUCACAGUCUUAUCCUGAUACCCCAAGUUGUUUCUCCAAUGGUUAGAACUUAAGAUUGACACUGGGGAAAGGGAGAAGGGGGUUUCUGCAUUUCCUCAGCCUGGAUAUUCUGCCAGCCCUGUUGAGUAGCAGUUUAGAGAUGCUUUCCCUUUAUUUCUGCCUAAACCAGCCCCUGGGAAAAUGAACAACAGCAUAUUCUGGGGAGAGAAUGAGGUUGGUGAGGGCAGUCUAGUCAACAUCUGUCACUCCAUUGCUUGUCAGGAUUCUUUUAGCCGAUUUGUCUGACUGGGCAGGUGUCCCCUCUCUCCCUCAGUGCUCCAUGUGCAUCCCUCUUGAAGCUUCGCACUCUGUUGAAGAGGACACCAUCCCAGUCAUUAUUUAGAAGCGAGGUCCUUGAAUGAGAGAGAUUAUCGGGACCGGAGAUAUGUUGAUGAAUAUAGAAAUGACUACUGCGAAGGCUAUGUUCCUAGACAUUAUCACAGAGACGUUGAAAGCAGUUAUCGAAUCCACUGCAGUAAAUCUUCGGUCCGAAGUAGGAGAAGCAGUCCUAAAAGGAAGCGUAAUAGACACUGUUCAAGUCAACAGUCACGUUCGAUGAAAUCGUGGACACUUUGGGUGAGGGGGCCUUUGGCAAAGUUGUAGAGUGCAUUGAUCAUGGCAUGGAUGGCAUACAUGUAGCAGUGAAAAUUGUAAAAAAUGUAGGUCGAUACCGUGAAGCAGCUCGUUCAGAAAUCCAAGUAUUGGAGCAUUUAAAUAGUACUGAUCCCAAUAGCGUCUUCCGAUGUGUCCAGAUGCUAGAGUGGUUUGAUCAUCAUGGUCAUGUUUGUAUUGUGUUUGAACUGCUGGGACUUAGUACCUAUGAUUUCAUUAAAGAAAAUAGCUUUCUGCCAUUUCAGAUUGACCACAUCAGGCAGAUGGCAUAUCAGAUCUGCCAGUCAAUAAACUUUUUGCAUCAUAAUAAAUUAACCCAUACAGAUUUGAAGCCUGAAAAUAUUUUAUUUGUGAAGUCUGACUAUGUAGUCAAAUAUAAUUCUAAAAUGAAACGUGAUGAACGCACUCUGAAAAACACAGAUAUCAAAGUUGUUGACUUUGGAAGUGCAACAUACGAUGAUGAACAUCAUAGUACUUUGGUAUCUACACGGCAUUACAGAGCUCCAGAGGUCAUUUUGGCUUUAGGUUGGUCUCAACCUUGUGAUGUUUGGAGCAUAGGGUGCAUUCUUAUUGAAUACUACCUUGGUUUCACAGUCUUCCAGACUCAUGAUAGUAAAGAGCACCUGGCAAUGAUGGAACGAAUAUUAGGACCCAUACCAACACACAUGAUUCAGAAAACAAGAAAACGCAAGUAUUUUCACCAUAACCAGCUAGAUUGGGAUGAACAUAGUUCUGCUGGUAGAUAUGUUAGGAGACGCUGCAAACCAUUAAAGGAAUUUAUGCUUUCUCAUGACGAAGAACAUGAGAAACUGUUUGACCUGGUACGAAGAAUGUUAGAAUAUGAUCCAGUGAAAAGAAUUACCUUGGAUGAAGCCUUGCAGCAUCCUUUCUUUGACUUAUUAAAAAAGAAAUGAAAUGGAAAUCAGUGGUCUUACUAUAUACUUCUCUAGAAGAGAUUACUUAAGACUGUGUCAGUCAACUCUAAACAUUCUAAUAUUUUUGUAAACAUUAAAUUAUUUUGUACAGUUAAGUGUAAAUACUGUAUGUUUUGUAUCAAUAGCAUAAUUACCUUGUUAAGCAAGUAUGGUCUUGAUAAUGAACUAUACAAGUUAAAUUUUUUUCUUUUUGAGAUUAAUUACCAUUUUUAAAGACCUUUGGAAUAUUCUUUGUGUCCAGUGAUAAACGUGAUUGAUCUUGUCUUUUGUACAUGGAGGUCAACUCUUUGAAGUGAUUUUUUUGAGUAAAAGGAAAUCUUGACUACUUUAUUCUUAAUGAAUAUUCUUUAUAUACCUCAAAUUCAGAACUUUUCUUAACUUUAAAGUUUUUUUCUGUAAUUGUUGAACAGGUAAUAAGUAUUAUUAACUCCCAAUAGGCAGGUAUUGGAAACCAAAACCCAUAGGAAAUGUUUACUGUUGGAAUUUCAUUAAAUUUUAAGAAUUGUG